CUCCGCUUUCGGAAGCGAAUGCGGAGUAUGCUCACGCAGUUCGCCGAGGAGCAGCAAGUCCUUGCAGAGGGACCGUGAGACGAUCGGACCGUCUGUGUCUGUGGUGUGUCUCUGCCUCGGCGUGUUGUUGUUGUUGUUGUUUUUUUUUUUUUCCCUUCCCGAAACGCGUUCGCUCUAGACGCUCUCGGCCAGCUUAUCUGCCCUGUUCCUGACUGCCGCUCCGCAGGACGUGUCAGUCGAUCGCCGAGCUGGUCGAUCGAGGCGUCAUAACAGCCCGGUCACGUGGUUCUCCCGUCGCAGUCGCCUCCAGACUUGCAACUCGGCAAUCGCACCGGCAGUCGGCGUUACAACAAGAAUCAACAUAGCCGCACAUCCGGAAUCUAUUAUAUUAGUGGGGAAUAAACUAAUCAAUUUUAUAAUAAAAAUUCUGAAGAGGCUAAUCAUAAUGGAAAAUGUAAAGCUUGUCAUUAUAUGUAACAAUGUGCAUUUUAUAAUGAAAUUUAAAAAGAGAUUCUUAAAGCUUUACAAACAUCUGUAGCCAUACAAUUAAUUACAUUUGUUUUAGUUUAUAUAAAUUUCAUGGAAUAAAUUAAAGUAAAGAAAAUAUAGGACUUUUUUCGUUAAUUUCACACUAACGAAACAAGAAAGAGCUUUGCCGGAACUGUAUAUAUUUACAACGCCUGAAUAUGUCACCGGAACGAAUACAACGGCGCACCAUCAUGGUGAUGACCUUAACGGCGUGAAGUGGGAAUCUCGUGUAGAUCCUUUUUCUGAUUAUGAGUUAGACAUGGUCUAUGACAAUAUGUGUUGGAGACUUUGUCCCCCAGCCAUUUAAUAUGAUCUGUGUAAAAUAACAGGGAGAGGUUAUAUAAGUAGCGGCUUGUACAUACAUCUCGUUUUGCUAAUUGGUAUUGAAAUCUAUCCGAUAACGGUUUUUUUGCUGUCAUUCUUUUAUGGUUUUAAAAAUGAUGUCCUUUAUCGUUAAACGAAAUUUCAUGUGCGUCUGCAAGGUUUAUGCAUCACUGCAGUCUUUCCAGAUAUACAGGGUACCACCGAUUCCCACUUCCUCCUGGACUCCCAGGCUGUUUUGGCGUCUCCCCCCUAGGCAGAUGGGCAGUUCCCUGUUAGGAGUUCGACCGCUGCACUCCUCUGCGUCAUGGCUCCAGCAUAGGCGACGCAAACCGGAGGAUCCUGAGCCGCGUGAACUGGACCUGGUGCGCUAUGACAUGAAAGACCUGAUGAAAGCACCCAAGCCUGCUCUGUAUUUGGGCUUCUCUGGCCUCAUCCCCUUCAUUUUCCCUCCUCUAGUCAUGGCGAUGUCGGAGCUAUACGUUCCAGAGAUCGCAUACGCUCAGGUUGCAUACGGGGCUUCUAUAGUUUCUUUCCUGGGUGGGGCACGCUGGGGAUUUGCCCUACCGGACAGCAGCCCUGCUAAGCCGGACUGGAUGAACCUGACAAACGCUGUGGUACCGUCCAUACUGGCGUGGAUCGCUCUCCUGUUCAGAGACAGCAUCACGGAGGCGAGCCUCGUGGUCAUCAUGGGCUUAGGGAUCUCGCUGCAUUAUGAUCUAGCGCUGCUGCCCACCUAUCCCAGCUGGUUCAAAGCCCUGCGGACAGUCAUCACGGUCGUGGCCACUUUCUCCCUUGUUGCGACCCUGUUCCUGAAAGGAGUAUACCCAGAAAGAAAACUCUUCGCAGACAAAUAGUGUUCAGCGUGAAAAUUCUCAGUAAUAAAAGACAGAGGGAAUCUGUGUUAUUACGAGGUGGUGGUAUUUCCUUACAACGUGUGUAGUUACUUAACACUGAACAAUCUACAAUACAGUCCGAGGAAACACCGUGGAUUCCACACUGCCUCAGAUAUUUUUCUGGAGAAAAUAAAACAAAACAUGCAAAACUG